AUGUCUUUUAUCAAAGACUAUACUCCACAACUAAAAGAAAUAAACCAAUUAAAUAAUACUGAUCAAUACAAAGAACUUGAAAAACAAUUAGAUUAUUUAGAUAGACAUGAACAAAUGAAAAUACGUCAAAAAUCAUUAUUUAAAACUCAUAUAAAAUAUACAAACUGUGUUCAAUGUCACAAAACAAUACUUUUAUCUUUAACAAUUAAUUGUCAGUUUUGUGGUUUAAAUGACAUUUGUCUUGAUUGUUGUGAUAUUAUAGAAUACCACUUUCCUCCUAAUAGAUUUAAUAGUAAACUUGAAAAAUAUGAUAUAUAUUCAUGUUCAUAUUGUUCAACAAAAUAUAAAAAAUAUCUCCUUUAUAAACAAAUCCAAUUCGACAGAAAACAUUGGAAAGAAAAUUUAAUAUCAAAAUAUUAUAAAUCUAUAUUAAAACUAAUUGGUCAAUUCGAUCAACAACAAACUGAACUCUCUUCUUUACAAAAUGAAUUUUAUAAUUAUUUCACAAAUGAUAUUUCACUUUUGGAAUCAAAUUUAAUUCAUAGAAUAGACCUUUGUUCUAAUGCUUUACUCUUAUUCUGUAAAGAUUUAAGAUCUCUUCAACAAGUAAUGAAAGAUCAAAAAUUAACCCAACUCAAUACAAGAGAAAAAGAUGUAUUUACUUCUAUAAAAUGUCUUCUUCAAUUAAAAAUGAAUGAUGUCCUUAUUGCUGAAAAUGAAGUUGCUAUUCUUCAAAGAACUAUUGUACCUUUCAAACCAAAAAAGAUUCAGAGUGACCAAUGCUUUUAUGGAUUGAAUUCGUUAAUUAACUUAAUACAACCUUCUUCACAUAAUCAAUUUAUUAUUUCUCCACGUAUUGUAAACUCAUUACCACAAAUUAUCACAAUCCAAUCUCAGUUGAUAACAUCUUCUACUAGGUUCUUUAUUAAAAACAAAGAAUUAUAUAAUAAAAUGAUUCCAAUAACUCCAGGCUAUUUUGUGUUUGAAUUAACCUCAGGAGUUGGUAUGAUUCCACUAAGAUUUAGAGAACGGUUAACAACAUUUGAAAUACCUUAUGCAUUAUUUGUUGUUCUUGAUGCUAAAAAAACAAUAAAGAAAUAA